UGCAUUCACAAUGGUAAGAUCCAGGUGUAUUAACACAUCUACCUUGGUGUUCACACGGACUACUUCGACAUUCGUUAAUAUCUGUAGUUUAAGAUAAAUAACUCUUUAUUUAGUAAAUUAACGGCCUUCUGAAGAGGUGGAUAUCAGUUUAGAGGUGAAGGUUUACCUUUUUCACACGUGCUUCCUGUGAAACCUGAUGGACAUGUACACGUAAAUCCAGUCGGGUUCUCGUGACACGUUCCUCCAUUUUUACAUUUUGUGCCAUCACAUUUUUAUAUUUCUGAAAUUCAUUAUUCCUACACCGUUAACAGUGCAAUUUUCCCCUACUUAUUCGGUUAUUGAAAAUAAUUUUUAUGACAAUAGAUAGUAACUAUGUGUUAAAAGGAGAAAACAAUUGAGAGAAAUAAAAAGAUUUAGAAACACAAAUUGUAUAUAAAAUAAUUUAUAGAACACUUAUGUAUAUAUUUAAAGUUUAAACUUUAUUUUACGAUGAUUAACAAACAAGUUCUACAACUUAUUUUAAUGCUUCUCGUCGGCUCAAUUUUUAGUGUGAAUGGGGCAUUGGGGUGGGAGGAAACUGGAGUACCCAGAAGAAACCCACAUGUCCGAACGGGCGACCACAAUACCCUCUCACGUACAACUACUGCCGCAGCGGUGAGAAGCGAGUGCGUUAACCAACACGCUACAUGGACACCUAUUUAAUGCAUAGGAGUAGAAGUAAAAACUUAUGUGUGCAGUGCUUGAUGUAGUCUGCACAGCAAUCUUUGAUACCAACACAGGCUUCGUCACAGUAGCACGCGCCGUAGCCGGGACGAUACAGAUACGGUCCCCAUGCGUUACAAGGGCUGUUGAAACCGGAACAGCAGAAUCCAGCUCAAUUAAAAACGCGUCCUUGUGAUUGAAUUUAUUGAAAUCAUGAUAAUGCAACGUUAACAAUACCUGUUAUAUAUUUCACAGUUGGUGCCGAUUUGUUUUCCAACAGAUUGUUGGAAGACCUGAUCACCAAAGACUACGAAGGUAUUGUCGAUGAGGAACUCCAGCAUCCUUUUUAAUAUCAACUUGAGAGUAAUUUGCUGUGUUUAACAAUUUAGCAAGAGUUUAGUAACCUGCAUACACUUCUCCUUGAAUGCUUCCUUGUGGAUAGACAAUUUUUGUCUCAUCAUCCGUUCAGCCCUCCAAUGGUCUCUCUUGGCAAAAUGAAGAUCGUCGGUAAACCAUGGAGUGCUUGGGCGUAAAGUGAUCUCCAUUAAUUGUUUAGAGUACGUAACUUUGCUAUGGCGGUGCUGCAUCUCAUGAUAACAACAUCGUUAUUGAUGUUUUGGCCGGGGGUGGACAGUGGAUCUUGUAGAGAGUCCAGCUUGUGUUGUACAGGACACAACCAGACCUGUCACUCCAAUGGACCGCCGACUGACCACUGUUAUUGUGAUGAAGUCUGUCUAGAGCUGGGGGAUUGCUGCGUGGAUUUUCUCAUCACCUGUUUUAAAAGAGAAAUAUCAACUAGAGCUCACAGAAAUCGAAGAUCAGCGGGAAUGAAGUGCGAGCCUGUGGACCUUAUGAUAGUAAUGGAUGAGUCUGGAAGCAUCCGAGUGGAAAACUACAAGAAUAUGCUGAAAUCUAUCCAUGACUUGCUGAGAAACUUCAAAAUUGGAACUGAUGACAUGAGAGUGGCUAUGAUCAAGUUCAGUCACUAUAGUAGCCGUGUGUUCAAUUUCCAGGAUUAUGGAACUUUUUCGGAAAUAAGUUCCGCCGUGAUGAAGAUGGAGGAGACGUAUACAGGUGGUGGUACUGAUACGGCAGCUGGUCUGCGUCUAGCACUUUCAACUGCAGCUAGCUCUAAUCGUCCUAAUGCAGCCAGCGUAGCUGUCGUUUUAACUGACGGGUAUUCAAACAAUCAAGUAGAAACCAUACGAGAAGCAGAAUGCCUUCACAAGACAAAUACCAAAGUAUUUUCUGUCGGCAUAGGACAAAACAUUAACUUGAAAGAACUGAAAAUUAUAGCAAGUGAUCCUGACUCGGAAUUCCUGGUGACUACAUCCUUUACUGCCUUGUACAACAAACUUCAGGACUUUAAAAAUCAACUUUGUCAAGACAUUGACGAGUGUCAAUCCAGUCCUUGUGGGCAAGGAGUAUGUCAAAACACAAUAGGGUCGUACUCCUGCAGAUGUAAUAUUGGUUGGACAUCAUCUCAUUGUAACAAAGACAUUAAUGAAUGUAGAACCUACCCAUGUGUCCAAGGACAUUGUACAAAUACCCCAGGGAGUUAUACCUGUACCUGCUACACGGGGUUUACUGGGCACUACUGCGAAAAGGAUAUAAACGAAUGUCUCCAUAUUCCAUGCCAGCACGGUACGUGUCACAACUCUCCGGGGUCGUACAGCUGCACGUGCAACAGUGGCUGGUCUGGUUUCAACUGUGAUACAGAUAUCAAUGAGUGCCUUACCUCACCAUCUGUGUGCUGCAAUGGUGUCUGUCAUAAUACAGCAGGGUCGUUUUCGUGUGGAUGCCAAGCGGGAUGGACCGGAAGAGCGUGUGAAAUAGACAUAAAUGAGUGCGAAUCAACAGUCUGUGAAAAUGAAGGACAGUGUUUCAACUUACCCGGAAACUUUCAAUGCCGAUGUCGUGAAGGGUUUAGCGGACCACUCUGUCAGAAUGAUCUGAAUGAGUGUGUGUCCUCACCUUGUAAAAAUGGAGGAGUAUGUCGAAAUUACCCGGGAGGAUUUGUUUGUGAUUGUAAGAAAUACAAAGGAUAUUCCGGAAAACAUUGUGAAGAAGAGUUAGAUGAAUGUACGUUGUCAUCUCCGUGUCAAAACGAAGGAAACUGCAGCAACAGUGCGGGAGCCUACAGAUGUUCUUGUCCGCCAUCUUGGAAAGGAGAACUCUGCCAAUUCCAUUUGGAUGUACAGAGUGCAUGCAUCUCCUUGCCCUGUCUGAAUGGAGGAAGUUGUGUCUCUGUAAAUUCAUCUUUUGUAUGUGUCUGUCCAGAGGGCUUUACCGGAUCACUGUGUGAAAAUGAGAUUGAUGAAUGUCUGACUAAUCCAUGUGACAACAAUGCUACAUGUCAAAACACAAAUGGCAGCUUUAUUUGCGAAUGUACCAAAGGUUAUCAGGGGAAAUACUGCACGGACGAUAUAAAUGAGUGUGCAUCUUCCACGUGUAAAAACAAUGGAUAUUGCAUCAAUUUGGAUGGAGGAUUCUCCUGUGUUUGUCAGCAUGGAUUUGAGGGCCUACUGUGUGAAAAAGGACCGUGUGAUAAUCAUACUUGUUACAAUAAUGGUACAUGCAUCUCCCAUGGAUCGUCUAAAUCAUGCGCUUGUACGGCGGGGUAUACUGGAGAAGAUUGUUCACACGAUAUAGAUGAAUGUGUUUACCAGCCUUGUACUGAAGACUCCACAUGCAAUAACACUAUUGGUGACUACGAGUGUCUUAUGUGUACUACCGAGGAUAAUUGUAUCAGAGAUUACAAUGGGUGUCACCAACUGCCUUGCCUAAACGGAGGUCUUUGCACAGCUAACAAUUUUACAUUUUCUUGUAUGUGUACAAAUGGAUGGGCGGGAGCAACAUGUGAAACAAUGUCUGAUUCUUGCAUUAAUGCAACCUGUCUCAACAAUGGAACCUGCUUGUCGAAAUCAGGAAACUUUUCUUGUGUCUGUCCUCCAGGAUACCAGGGUGAAUUCUGUCAAUCGGACGUUGAUGAGUGUGCAUUAUCUCCCUGCUGGAACAAUGGAAGAUGCAACAAUUUACCAGGAGGAUUCCUGUGUAACUGUUCCGCUAGUUAUCAAGGAGACUAUUGCGAAAUUGGAGCUGACGCUUGUUCGUCCCAGCCAUGUAUUAACGGUAGAUGUAGCCCGAUCCCUGGAUCGUUCACAUGUCAUUGUAAAGCAGGAUGGACGGGUUCAAUUUGUGAUCAAGAUAUAGACGAAUGUGAACUAGAUAUAUGCGGGUUCCAUGGGACUUGCUCUAACAGUAACGGAUCAUAUUUUUGUAACUGCACUGACGGUGUUACGGGUCAGAAUUGUGAUACAGAUUUUGAUGAAUGCGAAAGCGACCCUUGCCAAAAUGGUGGGUAUUGCAUGAACCUGUUCCGUGGAUAUAAAUGUGUGUGUUUGCCCGGGUACAAUGGAACGGACUGUGAGCUGGAUGUGGAUGAAUGUCAAGAACAGAUUUGUAAUAAUAAUGGAACAUGUGUCAAUACCCAUGGAUCAUCGUACUGUUCUUGUGUAGCGGGAUGGAUGGGAAAUAAAUGCCAGACAGAUAUCAAUGAAUGCUCUAUAAGCGGAUGUGCUAAUGAUGGGACGUGUGUCAACAGCAAUGGCUCUUUUCUCUGUCUCUGUACUCAGUACUAUAAGGGACAUCAUUGUGAAGAAGAUGUCAAUGAAUGUGCUGAAAAUCCGGGAAUCUGUGCAAAUGGAGGAACUUGUGAAAAUCUCUGUGGUAGUUAUAAAUGUCACUGUACCGAGGGUCACGGGGGAACCCAUUGUGAUGAAGAUAUUGAUGAAUGCAAAGAAUACAAACCCUGUCAAAAUGGAGGAAAUUGUACGAACACAAAGGGGUCAUUCUUCUGUACGUGUACAUCAAAUUGGACUGGGGCAAAGUGUGAUGAGGAUGUGAAUGAGUGUCGUCAAAGUCCAGGAAUAUGUAACCAUGGCGACUGCUACAACUUUAAUGGUGGUUUCGCCUGCUCCUGUCACACCGGGUACAUCGGGGUAAUCUGUGACACAGAUGUUGAUGAAUGUUUUUUUGAGCCAUGUAAGAACAAUGGAUCUUGUGUUAAUACACCCGGAUCAUUUCACUGUCAGUGUGUGGACGAUUGGGAUGGACCAUUAUGUGAAACUGAUCUGUGUAAAACUGAAGCUGCCAGAUUAGUCUUCGUCGUGGAUUCUUCCUAUAGUUCCCAAGGAGAAAUAUUCAGAAAACAACUGCAAUAUAUCAUCGACGCCAUUCUACGAAUAACGAUCUCCGACGAAAAAUUCAAAGUCGCUGUCAUUUCGUAUGGUACAAAGUCAAACGUGGCCAUUGACUUUGACUCCUAUCAAAACAAAACGGAACUUCUUGAGCAAAUCAACAAUGUCAGUUUUAUCAACGGGACAACAAAUAUGGCGUCGGCUUGUAGUGCAGUCAAGAGAAUAUUGCCAUUAACUCCCCAUGGUUACCAGUUCGUAUUUCUCUUCACGGAUGGGAUGCCUACAACUUUGAGUACUGCAGUCAAUUCUAUUAGUGAUUUAAGAACAUAUUUGAAAAGAUCACAAGAAUGGAAUGAGGUAUUUCUUGUGGCGUUUGGUGACGACGUCAGGCAUGAAGGAUUUACGAUGUUGUCGGGGGAUCGGCGUUACAGCGAUGUGUACCCUAGCACUGAUCUGGAACCGUUGUAUCAAGUGUUCAAGAGAAGGGUCAACGUAAAAUGUAAAGCCUGCAAGGUAAGACGGGAUAUGGAUUUAGUUUUUGCUUUGGAUACAUCUUCCGCUCAGUCACCGUCUACUUACCUUGCAUGUCGUGGUAUAUUUCAACAACUUCUUCAAUCCAUGGAUGAGUUCGUUUUCUUGGGUCCCAACCUCAUACAAAUAGGUGCUGUUCACUUCUCUGAUGAAGCCUCGUACUUCUUACCAAUGAAUUUUACUCACGAUAUAGAUACAUUUGCUAGCACUUUUCAGGACUCAAAACAAGAUGAUUAUAACAGUACAUCGCGCUUAUCGAACGCACUUCGGUUUAUUCAGCGAGAAAUGCUUUCAAACAAACGGGGGACUAGAAACAGUGCUUUGAAGUAUGUUAUUUUGGUAUACAAUGGAUUUGACAAAAAUGCUACGGAUUCAUUCAGUGUUGCAGAAGACAUGAUUAAUAAGGGAAUAACCUUGAUUUCAAUAGGUGUCGGUACGAAUUACAAACACGAAGAUGUGUUAAAAAUGAGUUCCAGUCCUUUUCAUGCAUAUCUAACGGAACAAGACACAUCAACUAAUCAGUGGACUUUGCUUAAUUCUGAGUUGGAAUUCAUAAAAAAGGUUACCAAUAGUCGUCUUCAAUGUACAAACAGAGUGAAUGCCUGAACGCAAAAACGCUGUUUUAUAUGAAAUUCGUCAUUAUAAACGGGGGUAUUUUUCUACUCUCAAUUUUUAGAUCAAUAGGUUUAAUGAUUUUGUAAAUAUCUUGUUGUAUUUGUAUUGCUUUCUACCAUGAACAGUUUCAUUUCUACCUUUUACAUCAAACAUCGUGCUCUUCGUCAUCUUUUGUUUGCUUUAUCUUAAAAUGUAAGGCGUGUUUUGUAUAUUAAUACAUUUAUCUUUAUAUGCUAUAUAAUAAAGGAUGAUAGUAAGCCAU